AUGCAGACGGGUGUGACCCAAUGUCCAAUUCCACCCGGGCAUAAUUUUACUUACUCUUUCAAGAUCAAUAACCAAUACGGGACCUUUUGGUAUCACGCCCAUGCCCAAAAUUUCAAUUCGGAUGGAAUAGCAGGGCCGAUGAUUGUUCACAGUGUUAAUGAUCCUUUGAAACGAGGGGUGGACUUUCAUCAGGACAUCAUACUCUUGAUAAACAUGAGUCAAAGUGUCUUACAACAAUUACUGUCUCCCACUGGCUAUAACAAUAGUCUUGCUGCACCUGAACAUUCACAGAAUUCCGCCCUUGUGAAUGGGAUUGGAUAUUUCGAUUGCAACAAUGCACCGGCCAACGCAACUUGCACGACUCCAAACCAGAGCUUGACUUUUGAUGUUCCUGUGGGAACCAAGACGCGCUUCAGAUUAAUAGGCGCCGGGUCGCAUGCUCUUUUCCGGUUUUCUGUUGAUGAGCAUACCCUCAACGUGACCGAGACAGAUUCCACGGGGGUUGUAGGUCCACCGGCGAUUCAUAGAGUGCCUUUCCAUAACGGCGAAAGAUACAGUGUGAUUAUCGACACCUCUCGAGAUACGGUCGGAAGCACGGUUUACCUUAGAGCAGCUAUGGACACCGAUUGUUUGGCUCCCGGUAUCACAGGAAGAGCCGGCACGGCAUUGGGUAUCAUCCGAAUUGUUGAUCCGAAGAGACCUCCCCCCAGCAAUUCUAGCGUAGCACUACCAACAACAAGGGACUGGUCCGAUACUAUAGGGGGAGCUUGUCUGGAUCUCGAUGUCUCAACCAUGCGUCCGCUGGUGCCACAGGACGCGUGCACGAACCUUUUAGGAACAGUUUACUUCUCGACGAGCUUUGGAACAAUCGCGUCUGUUAAUGGCAAUUCAACUUCCAUUAGUGGGAGGUUUUUUGUUAAUGGAACCACCUGGAUAACUCGGCCUAACCGCCCUUUGCUGAAUGAGCUACUCUCUGGAGGACCCGGGACUAUCAAUGCCUCUGACGUUGCCGCCUUCACUUUCGAGCAGCCUGGAUGCUACGAUAUUGUAAUAAACAAUCUGGACGCGGCCCUCGAUCAUUCAUACCAUUUGCAUGGAGUUGAUGGAUGGAUUGUCGCUACUGGUAGCGGCCAGAUCAAUGCGACGACGGUCUCAAGUCUACAGUACAAUACGACCAAUCCACUUCGCAAGGAUACUCAAGUCGUAGGGGGAGGUAGUUACCACGUAGUUCGAGUGCAAGCCGAUAACCCGGGAGUUUGGAUCCUCCACUGCCACCUCGGAUGGCACUUGGGCGCCGGCUUUGCGGGCAUGGUGGUCAUGCAGCCCUCAGUCCUAAGGCAGAAGACUGCCCCAGAGGGCAACCAAAGGUUAUGCCGCGCCAUUUCGCCUCAAGAUCUCGACAUCAUCGAACCAGGAAAACGAAGGAGAGGGCUGUCAUCUUAUGCCUACAGCGAUAUGCUCUGA